CCAACUCGCCGCGACUCUGAACGCACCGCACAUACAAACUAAAUCGGGAGGACCGCUGCUCGUUUCACCCGUGGAUACUAUUACACAAGUGCCGUCGUCUCCAAAUCCUGCCCGUGGGAUACUCUGGCUUCAUCCUCUCUGCUGUGCAGUUUUAUCACCUCCUUUUAUAUCACCCUCCUUUUCUCCCCCUUUGCCAUCUUUCUCCCCUCUCCUCAUCUUUGAGCAUCUUCUCCUGCUCGCAAGUCUUCUCGCUUGCGUCGCUAACUUUUUUCCUCCAUCCCACACAGCCUCCUCCAUCGCCCACCAACCCCUCGGCAGUGCCCCCACUAGACCUCUUUUUCUCCUUCUCGCACUCUCGCUUGGAUCGGGCGGAACCUAUUUGACCGGUCUACACGGGGCACUGCUACAUGGGGCGCACGGUCUCGCUCGGAAAAUGUUCUGCUGUAGGUCUCUAGGCGCCCCGCUGAACCUGUUGGGAUUGGAGUUGUCGGUGCGCGUCUGCGUCUCUUUCCCACCUCGCUUGUGCGGUCGGGGCCAGUGAGAGAUGGUUCUGUCCGUGGCGGCUCAGGCACCUCUCGAGGAGCCCCGACGACUGCGCCGGUGGAGCGGGACAGCGGGGGGCUGGCUCAGGAUCACACUCGUCUCGUUUCUCGCCACUUUACCUGUGGAGCAGCUGCGCGCCUUCCCUUCCUCCCUCAGCGACUGCCAGACGCCGACCGGCUGGAACUGCUCCGGUUCCGAUGACCGGGACACAGACCUGUUCUUGUGCGACACCAACACAUGCAAGUUUGAUGGGGAAUGUCUAAGAAUUGGGAACAUGGUGACAUGCAUUUGCGAUUUCAAGUGCAACAAUGACUAUGUGCCUGUGUGUGGCUCCAACAAUAAGAACUACCAGAACGAGUGCUUCCUGCGCAGGGAUGCCUGCAAGCAGCAGUCUGAAGUGCUUAUUGUGUCAGAAGGCGACUGUCCUGCUGAUGCUGGCUCAGGAUCAGGAGACGAUGGAGGAGAGGGCUCAGCGGAGACUGGGCUGAAGGAGACGUCCACCUGUGACAUUUGCCAGUUUGGGGCAGAGUGCGAUGUGGACGCAGAAGAUGUAUGGUGUGUCUGCAACAUCGACUGUUCCCACAUCAGCUUCAACCCAGUGUGCGCCUCAGAUGGUCGUUCCUAUGACAACCCCUGCCAGGUGAAGGAGGCAUCCUGUCAGAAGCAGGAGCGCAUCGAGGUCAAGUACCUGGGCCACUGCCACGAUGACAUAAUUGGGAACAAAGGCGGAGAUGGACACUUCGCACGGACCGACCCCACGGGGGAGAAAGAGGAGACCAGGAACGGACUGGCCCGCGGUCUGUCCAUCCCCUGUCCAGAUCGCUAUAAAAACUACUGCGUCCAUGGAGAGUGUCAGUUCCCCAGCGUCCUGGCUCAGCCUUCCUGCAGCUGUCACUCGGGUUUUAGGGGCCCCCAUUGUGACAUCAAGGAGUACAACGUCCUCUAUGUGGUGCCAGGCUCCGGCAAACUGCACUAUGUCCUCAUCGCCUCUAUCAUCGGAGCACUCCAGGUGGUCAUCAUCUGUGUGGUGGUGCUCUGCAUUACCAGGAAGUGCCCACGGACCAACAGGAUCAACCGGCAGAAGCAGAACAAUGUGCACUUCAGUUCAGAGAAUACCAUGCGCGCCUCCACCCGACUGAUCUGAGCCCAGACACACCAGACAGAGUCCCCCCUCCACGUUACGGAGCGCUGUGGCGUUAGAUGUUUCUUCCCCGCCCCCAAGUAGGCCAACCCUGAAAAUUAGCAUCUGCUUCCCAUCACUCUUCGCCCUCUCUCCCAGUUUGAACUCAAAGAAUGUCCAUGGAGGAUGGUGGCAAAGCAAAGACAGAGCUGGCACACAAGUGAGGUGACGAUGAUUACACAUUGGAGAAAUGCAGUCAUCAGUCACCGCCGCCGCCAGCCCCCCCAGCUGCCCAUGUGUCUCCUUGCACCUUUUUCUGAAGGUUUUUCCUGAAAAAAACAAAACAAAACACGAACUAUGAGGACUCGGGAGGGGGGGGUGCGGAGGAUACUGAAUGUGUGUGCGUGUGAAUGUGUAUUAGAUGUGUGCACUUUGGUAGAGGCGGGCUAGCCGGUGUCUGUUCUUUGUAGAUGAGGGGUACAAAGCAAAUCGGGGUAGUGCAAAGCAGGGUAUCGGGCUUUAAAUGAGGUGUGUGUUCAGCCUGGGAGGGGGGUGGGGGGUUUUUGGGGCUACACGUGAUGCCUUGCACCUUGUGUUAUAGGAGACCUUUGACAGAGGGCACAAUGUUAUUAUAGAGCUCUCUGUUCGGUUGUGACGAUGACGUCAGCUACUGUAUCUUGGGUUCUAUUUCCAAUAGUUAUUACUACGUUGUCUUGAUGGGGUAAUUUUUCUGUAAAUGUAAAUAAAUAAU